AUGCCUGCAUCGGCUGAUGCCCAACAUUUGUCCGAAUCUCUGGGUCAGCCGCUGGACAGGUGUGUGGUUGCAUUGAGGAGAUGCCAUGAGGAUGUCGAGGCAGCUGCUGCUUAUCUUAUGGAAUUUAUGGACUUUCCCGACGAGUUUUGGCUGAGUCAAAGUUUGGACGAGGACGUUGAUAUGGUGUCGUCCCCCACCCAUCAAGGGGAGAUGGGGGACUCAAAUGCGAAUGAUAAGAGCAUGGAGUACAUAAUGUCUGAUCCUGAUACAGCUGCAGCUGCGGAGGCAGAUCCCGAGAUUGAUAAAAUACUACGGGAGUCGAUGCAGGACGCAGAAGGGGAGGUUGGGAAAGCAAAUGCUGGUCUGCUAGGUCCGAGUAGAGCCACUGAGGAGGCCCCUCGAGAGGCGGGAAUGAAGCCUGCCGAGUUUGAUAGGUUUACCACUAGCGAAGAGGUGGGUUG